AUGGCUACAUCCUCCAGCAGGCAGAAUUCAAGGUUCUCCACCCUCAAGGUCUUCAAGUUCCCCGCCGUGUCCAAACCGCCCCCCCUCCCGCCCAAGGACACAUACUAUCAGCCCAAUCCUUCUCUGCCCUCCCUCAACCACACUCUCUCCCCGGACUCCUCGUCUUCUCAUCCUAGUACUCCUAUUUCCCCUAGGUAUAUGGGCCUCGUCAGAAGCCCCUCCCCCAGCCCAUCCUAUGCUCCCAGUCGCGUGACAAUGUCUCCUCCAUCCUCCUCCUCAUCGCUUUCCCCCGACUCUGCAGGCUCUCGCAGAGGGUUGUUCAAGUUUGCAUCUCUUGUGAAACGCCCCAAGACACCGAAGUCGACCGAAUCUGCGAGCGCAGAUGCACCACCGCCGGACCCGAAUGGAGACCCUUCUAUCUCGAUGCCGUGGAACUUCCAGCAUAAUUUGCAUGUAGACGAAGGCUACUUUGGUCUGCCGCCGACAUGGUCAGCAUCUCUAGCCAACCUGGGAUACAGCCCAGAAGAGAUUGCAACCAUCAAUUCCCGACGCGCUGCAGCUCGCUCACCUCAUACGCAGUCUAUAUAUUUGUUGAGUAGAGCGGGUAACUCAGACUCCGCCAGCGCCACAUACUCGUCGGUGCACCAUCUCCCUCGCGCGACUUCCCCCCCUCGUUCCGACGCCUCUGCAUCGCAGCCUUCUCUGUUGAUAAACAGCGCGUCGCGUACUCAUUCGCGCAACGCGUCGGGCGCCUCGCGGCAGUAUUCCGAAGCUUCUUCCUUCGAAGUUAUUCCGCCUGAUGUGAUGGCUCGUACCCCCCCUCAGUUCACAAGACGAACAAUGACGCCGGUCCAAGCACCACCACCGGACACCUCGUCCGAUUCUGCCUCUGCAAGAGAGUCCACCCACACGAGGAAUUCUGCACAGCGAACGCCUCCGAGACGAGCGUUCCAUGUGGCGAAUGGCUCUCUGGACACCCAGUCCUCUCCUCCUCCAGCGUACAAUUCUGUCAAGAAGAGCACGCAUCUGGAUGGUAUCAACGAAGAUACGCAUCCUGUUGCGUCGACCUCGUAUCCACGAGAGAAGAAAGCAGGGCACAGCGAACAGCGCAACUUUGAGGAGAAAGACACACUGGAGGCCUCGUCAUCCGCGCGGUCAGCUGCACCUCCACGUCUCUCGUUGGAUAAGGACACUUUGAGUGAUCUAUCAAGCUGGACAGAGUCGCUCUUUUCUUCCAUCCCAUCCGCCGUCUCCGAGGAGCCACUCUCACAUACUUUCCAGCCAAUACCGACCAUCUCAAUAUCAUCUAAUCCUAUCAGUCCCCCAGCACCGUAUUCUUCAGCGAAGAGCGGCGCGGCGGCGCGUUCGUUCUCCCUCGAACGCACGAUACCCCCACAAAAGCCGAUACCCCUGCAUCAGCUACCCAGCCGUACUAUAGCGGCCCCCUCAACCUCCAACACUCCACCAUCCUCCGCGAACACGACGAACCCGCUAUGGCACGAGGUCAUGGACAUGGUCCGCACACCGACUGAACCAGCGUUGACGCCCAGUUCAGCGCCCAGGUCGUCUCCUCUCACCACCUCCUUCGCAACACCAGUCACCCCUAUCACGCCCCCCAAGCCCAGGCUCCUCCGGGAACAUAGCACAGAUAAUCUCCACACGGACGAAAUGGGCGCCGCACGCGAGAAGGACAACCGAGAUUCGGACCUUUCCACGAUGACCAUCGGGCCCGCUACCAUCGUCUGUGCCGCCGUCGCACGGAGUGCGCGAGCGAACAUGGUCCCGUCGCCAGUGGCUUCGCCCGUCGUUGAUGAGAGCCAGUCCACACUGGCCGCAUCGAUGGGCGCGGAAGAUGCGGAGGACGCGACUGCAGCGCGCUCUCCCACACCCAACAGCUCGAAGUCACGUUCGAGCGGGUCGAGUGUGUCAAUGACCAUGUCAGUGUCGACCGUCGUCUCCGGCAGCGAGUCCUCUUCGUCCACCUCAUGUAGGCACGUAGCCACACCCUCAGAAAAGGACUGGGCUCCCGGCAGGUUGGCGAAGCCGGAUGGGGCGGCGUUCGUCCCGGGCGAGAUCUCUAUCACGGCCGUGGAAGAUGACGAUGGCGUGAUCGGCGACAAGGUGACGCGAAGACCGUCUGUCGCCGUCGCUACGCCGCCGUCGCCUGUGUGGACACCGAACGCAGCGAGCGUCGCGUCGCCUGCGACCCCGGCGCCACGGUACCCUGGGUGGGUAUCGGAGGUCGUGGCGCCCCUACAGGACUUCAUCGACGAGGCGUCGGACCCGCGUGAGCUUUACACGGAUCUGCAGGAAAUCGGUGAGGGUAGCAGUGGAUCGGUGUACGCCGCGCGCGUCCUUGCCUCUAGCCCGGGCGAGCCGCCGUAUGUCGCGAUUAAAAACAUCCCCCUCCUGCCAUCUGGUGUGCCGAAGCUGGAGGACCUGCAGCGUGAACUAACGCUAAUGAAGGGCGUCAGGCACCCGCACAUAUUGUCGAUGGAUGCGGGGUAUGUGGACGUCGUGGAGGACUCGCUCUGGUUGCGGAUGGACCUCAUGGAGCGUAGUUUGGCGGACGUGGUGGUGCUUGUGGCAGAGGGUAUUGUCGUGCAGGAGAAGCCGAUAGCUCAGUUCGCCAGCGACGUGUUGUCGGCGCUGAGCUUCCUGCAAUCACUGGGCAUCGCGCACAGGGAUUUGCGUUCGGACAACCUUCUCGUUGGCAGAGACGGCGUGGUGAAGAUUGCGGACUUCUCGAGUGCCGUGCAAGUUUCGAGGGAUCAGCCAAUGCGCACUGAUCUAGCGGGUGUUAUUUAUUGGCAGCCACCUGAAAUAAGAAGGGGAUCAUACAACGCCUUGAAGGUUGAUGUCUGGUCACUGGGUGCGACUGUCUGGGAGAUGGCCGAGGCGGAGCCGCCAUUCUUUGGGAUUGAGGACCCUCGACAGCUGGCCGAUCGAUGGCCUCCGUUACGCCAGCCCGAAAUAUAUUCACGAUCUUUUCACGAUUUUUUGCAUCAAUGUUCUCAACCUAACUCGUUACGACCAGAUCCAGACACACUGUCGAAGAUGCCAUUCAUCCGAAACGCCAACGGACGACCAGCUGUCAUCAAGCUGCUCUCAGAAUGCAGGGCCGUCGAGGAACGAAUAGCACGGCGGCAGAGCACCGACUCUGAUGGGACUGUUUCUUUGCCAUAA